AUGAGUGUCGAAGAAGAUGUUAUGAAAAUACAAAAAAAAUUAACUAAGAUGACAUCAGACGAUGGCACGGGACAAGAGGAAGCUUUGGAGCUGUUAAAAGCACUUCAAACUAUGGCCAUCAAUUUGGACGUACUUACAAAGACCAGGAUAGGCAUGACCGUAAAUGCUCUCCGGAAGUCCAGCAAGGAUGAAGAAGUUAUAUCCCUUUGUAAGACUUUGAUAAAAAAUUGGAAAAAGUUUUUGUCAACACCGACAACACCAUCCAAGGAUUCCGGCAGCUCUUCUAAACCAAAGAAAGAUUCUAAUAAGGACAAAGACAAAAAAGAGGAAAGGGAGAAAGACAAAAAAUUACCAGCGUCAUUUCCUCCACAGUCAAACACAACGGAUGCUGUGAGACUUAAAUGUAGGGAGCUCCUUACACAAGCCCUCAAAAUUGAUGGUGAAAACCCAAAUGCUUGUGCCACUCCCGAAGAACUGGCAGAGGAUUUGGAGGAAUGCAUCUAUGCAGAGUUUAAGAAUACAGAUAUGCGUUACAAAAACAGGGUCCGUUCAAGGGUAGCUAAUUUGAAAGAUCCAAAAAAUCCAACAUUAAGGACGAAUUUCUUAAAUGGUGUAAUUAACGCUGCCCGCCUUGCCAAAAUGACACCUGAAGAAAUGGCGAGUGAUGAAAUGAAAAAGUUAAGGGAGAAAUUCAUCAAGGAAGCCAUUGACGAUGCACAACUAGCUACUGUACAAGGUACUAAAACAGAGAUGCUUAAAUGUGGUAAAUGCAAGAAGAAGAAUUGCACUUACAACCAGCUUCAAACGAGAAGUUCCGAUGAACCCAUGACUACAUUUGUACUCUGCAAUGAAUGUGGAAAUCGUUGGAAAUUCUGUUAA